AAUCCAAUCUUCAUUCCAAUUCGUAGUGUGAUACGGGCUUUAAUGUGUCUUUGACUAAAAUCUGCUUGGCGCAUGUUGGCGGUGAUGUAUGUGUGUGCGUGUGUGAGUGUAAGACAUGUGUUCAUAAAUUGUAUUAAUUAUUGUUGAAAUUUUAUUUAUGGUUUUUACAUUUUAAAUCCGUGUACUCUGCAGAAACGCAUUGAAUUAAUAUAUUGUUAUCGAACUCUAUAUAGUGAAAUUACGCCGUGUAACCGAAUUAAAUACUAUUUCUACAUCAAAAAUUUUAAUAGAAGCUGGUUAAAUAACCAAUAAAAAUGUUUAUACACAUAUAAAUCUUAUAUAUACAUAUAUUUUAUCUGUACAAUGGCCUCGUUACACACAAUCAGCACAGUUGGUGAUACUACAGACCAGUUUUCUUCAAUAAUUGAAAGAUUGCUAUCACUAACUAGUACAAAGUUUAAUGAUAAAAAACAAAUUAAUGCAUCUCUAAAAGAUCUUAAUAAAUUAGAUUACAGAUACCUCAAUAUUGUAAAUAAUGAUGCGGUGUUAUUGUUAGUAAAUCAACUUUGUGGAAUUGUCUCACCUACAGAAACAUCUUUAGUUCAAAAUACUUGUCAAUUCCUACGUUGUCUAACUCAAAAUAACAUUCAGCUCCAUGGUCGGACACUGGCAACUUGUAAACGAUGGAUUUUAGAAGCAUUAGAGUUUUCUGAACCAGCAGCACAAGAUGAUGUGUUAAUUGCCAUAAAAAGUUUCUUACAUUUUGUACAAUUUGAUGACAUUAACCAGUAUGUACGUCUAUUACUCAAAGAUAAGGGUAUAUUAAUGAAACAUUUAGAUCCACUAUGUAACCCAUGGUCUGGAAUCAAUUUUCACGCACUAGAAUGUUUAGAAGAAUUUGUAACAAACAAAAGUAUUGAGAAUUAUCUAUCAUGUGAAUCUUUACAUUUAAUAAAGGAUAUAAUUUUCAAGAUUGCAUCACAAUUGUCAUAUCAGGAUGAUAAUAAGCUUUAUUACAGUAAGGUCAUAUAUCUGUGCUUGCACAUUUUGCAUUGUAUAAUGUUGAAAAAAACAAUUUCCACUUCUUCUGAUUUUAUCGGAGAAAUAUUAGGAGUAGUACAGGUGUUUUUAUUUCAUGGUAUUAAAGGUUAUUUAGCUGUGAAGCCGCAAGUACUACUUCCAGCUGCAAUGAAUCUUCCAGAACGCACUUAUACAGUUCCAAAAUGCAAAAAUCUUAAAAAUCACAAAGCAAAACCAAAGAAAACAUCUAACAGAAAGGCUGGAUCUGAUGUAGGAAGCAAUGUUCUUUCAGAAUCAGACUGGAUUACUGGGAUUCCCAAAUAUUCCAGUGAUUCAGAUACAUCGGACACAGAAAUUACUAAUUCUGUUCAUAUGGAUUCCAAAGUAAGAUUGGGAGCUAUACGUUUAUUACAAACUCUCGUAGAAAUUACUCAAAGCAGAGACAUUUUUGGAUAUUGGCCACAAAUUGUAGCUACUGGUUCACGAAAUGAUGCACGAGUAUUAGCAAGAAGCAUAUUGGUGGAAUCUGUGUCUAAAGUCAGACAAAAUGUUCUGAGCACAUUAACUGAUUUGCUAACAGGCGCCAGACCAUUUCUAAUACAUGCAGAAGAAACCAAUCAAACUUCUUUUAUCACAUUUUUUGGCACAGUGUGUUUAAUGAUCAAGGAAUUGCAUUUUGCAUUAUCGUUGAUUCUGCUUUCUGAGAAAAAUGUAGCUGUGUUAACACAUGCUUUGAAAUGUAUGGCAGCUCUUGUACAAGGUACACCAUACGAUCGACUGAAGCCAGGUUUGGCCACCAAGAUAGUUAGGAAUUGUAGAUUACACAUAUUUCACAAAGAUCCAGCCAUAAGAGUUGCUGCAUUGUCUAUUUUCGAAGCACUUGCUUCCGGCGAUCCUUUAACUCAAGAGAUAUCAAAAAUUUUAGCGAAAUCAAUAGAUACUAUCGAAUCAGAGAAAUUACAAUCUGAUACCGGUUCCGUUAGCAAUGUCGAGACAGAGGAAGAAGAAGUAGAUAUCGAAGAUAUCAAUCAUUCAGUAGAGAGUUCUAAUACGAUUGAUGAGAAAGUUUCAAAAGAUGAAAAUUUUUGUUUUCUGGUUCGCGUUUGCUUAGAAAAUAUAUCUAGCAAGAUUAUUAGUACACCUGUGCGACUUCAGUCCUUAAAACUCUUGGGACGACUGGCAUUUAACACAAGAAGUCUCGUAUUUCCUCAUUUGGAAAAAGUGACUACAACAUUAAUCUCGGUUCUGGAGGAAAUGGAAGAACAAGUAGUAUUACAUACAUGUCGAGUUUUAGAAAUUAUAUCCGGUAUUUGUCUUGAAAAUACCGAUACUUAUCACAGCGAGGGCACAUUGUUUUGGAAUAUCAUACUUGAACCUAUGAUAUUGCUCGCACAAGUAUCGCAAACUAUAUUGCGCGAAGCUGCUUGCGAUUGUCUAGGUAGCAUAAGUGGAAAUGUAUUCUCACAAUUAUCGAGACAAAAAACUAUAUUAAUAAUUACAAUACUAUUUGGAGCGGUUCGGGACGAAGAAAGUGCCGUGAGAGCGGCUGGCUUACGUGCGUUAGGAAUGCUAGUAACUUUACCAGCGUUAGAAGACGAUACCGGCUUUCUCAUGGAUCUAGCUGAUAUAGUUUGCGUAGCUUUUGAUGACAAAAAUCUUGGCGUUCGUGUGAAAAGCGCUUGGGCAUUGGCAAAUUUAUGCGAUUGUCUUUCUAGACACAAACAGCAUGAAGAGAUAGAGCCACUAUCUUUAGACGUAUUAUUACCCAAGUUAUAUUAUGUAAGUGUCAAGGCUGCGAAAGAUAAUGAUAAAGUAAAGUGCAAUGCCGUUAGAGCAAUUGGUGGCAUUUUAUAUUUAUGUCCAUCGAAACAUGUAUUGCCUGAUACGACUUCAGGAUUAGAUGCGCUUAUUAAAUGCGCUGUUUUAGGAAAUGAUAUGAAAGUACGGUGGAAUGCUUGCCGAGCUUUAGGAUUGGUUUUGAGUCACAAUCCGGAUGCAAUAUUGCCUCCUUCCUGGAAAGAUCAAGUAUUUCCAGUGCUUUCCACUUUGAUAUGUGAUAGUCCUAAUUUUAAAGUGCGUACCAACGCAGCAUGGGCAUUGUAUUCGUGCAAUUGCUACGGCAAGUAUACUGUAAUGUUGUGGAAGAGUAUUGUCUUAGCUUUCGAAAAUGCUCAACAUGUUCCAAGCUAUGUCGAAUAUCCGCAUCGAGACGCACUGGUUCAACAAUUGUGCCUUACUCUUAGUCGCAUUGCUGCUCUUACAAAAAAAUCUGAACUACAGAGUCUUUGGAUUGAAAUUGGUGAUCAUAUAGAAGAACUCUCAAUUUUCAUGAAACAAUUUCAGGAAACUGUAUUGCCAGAGAAAUUAGGAGAUUUAAUCAAAGCAAAAACUCAAUUGGACCAAUAUGUAAAAAAUGCACAAUGUGCCAAUGAACAACACAUCGCUCAAUCUUUAGCAAAUAUAUUUGAGAAAACUAAUCGCUAUGAUAAUUUAGAUAAUGUUCUUACACCUACAAAGAAAUAAAAUUAUAUGUAUAAAAACUGACUUAAUGAAAAAUUAAAUUGUUUUCUGUAUGUACA